UCAUUGUUCCAAAGUAUUGUUGCAUUUAUUAGUUUUAACAAUAUAAAAUACCGCAAAAUGGCACGUCAACUGACGAAACUUGGCUAUCUGGACGUGAAGAAAACCUUGUUCAUGCUUUGUGAUCUUCAGGACAAGUUCCGCCCCGGCAUGAAGAUGUUUGAUUCCGUCGUCAAGAACACGAGCAAAUUGUUGCAAGCCGGUAAAAUCCUCGAUGUACCGCUGAUCGUGACGGAACACUACCCGGAGAAGCUGGGUCGCAUUGUGAAGGAGCUCGACGUUUCCCACGCGAAAGGUGUGUUCCCGAAGACGCUCUUCAGCAUGAUGAUUCCGGAGGUUCAGCGCCGUAUGGAGGAGCUGUAUGGUCGCGAUGGCCUCGAAACGGUGGUCCUCUUCGGUCUCGAAUCGCACAUUUGUCUCGAGCAAACGGCCAUGGAUUUGUUGAGCCAAGGAUACACGGUGCACGUGGCGGCCGACUGUUCACUGUCGCGCACGCAGGAAGACCGCAAGCUGGCCCUCGAGCGCCUGCAGCAGUACGGAUGCUUCGUGUCGACAAGCGAAAACAUUAUCUUUAAGCUAAUGCGCGAUAAGCAGCACCCGGGCUUCGAUAAGGUUCGCCAUUUGGUUCGUGAUCCAUCGGUGGACACUGAGCUGGCUAAACUGUGAAUGAAUAACGCAAGGUAUAACUGGACGCAAUGUUGCGGAAUGAACAGGAAGACUUUACACGCUCAGAGAGCGAAUACCGUUGUUAGCCUAUUUUUGAAAAAAAUGUUAUAAACAUGUACAAGCA